ACGCACGGAAUCGUACACGCACAGGCACGUGCAUGCGCGCCCGUGCCUCUCUAGUCCUCUUGCUCGCGCGGUGAGUCGCGUUGUCCCACACAGCGCGAGCAAACGGUUGUUGAUUUCAGCACGGGACAGAUCCUAUACCCUGUUACUGCAAUAUGGCGACAGAGUUCCAUAACCUCCAGGAACUGCGGCACAAUGCAUCGCUGGUGACGAAGGUGUUUAUACAGAGAGACUACAGCGAAGGUACCGUCUGCCGCUUCCAGAGCAAGUUCCCCUCAGAGCUCGACAACAGGAUUGAGCGAACGUUGCUCGAGGAGACGGUGAAGACCCUGAACUCUUACUAUGUGGAGGCCGAGAAAAUCGGGGGUCAGUCAUACCUGGAGGGAUGUCUGGCCUGUGCAACGGCAUACAUCAUCUUCCUCUGCAUGGAGACACGCUAUGAGAAGGUGCUGAAGAAGAUUUCAGGUUACAUCCAGGAGCAGAAUGAGAAGAUCUAUGCUCCUCGAGGUCUGCUGCUCACAGACCCCAUAGAGCGAGGGAUGAGGGUCCUAGAGAUCAGUUUGUUUGAAGACCGGGGCUCAGGCAGCUCCAGUCCCAGCAGCACCAUGUCGUCGGCAGGCAGCGCUCGAUGACUGGAGGGGCAGCGCCAGGCUUACGGGUUCCACCACAGGGGCAGCGGGACGCUUACCAACAUCCGCAUGCUGAAACAUGAGAGCACCAGGUUCUAAGACGAGUGCAGAGAACAAGGCGAGGAGGUGAUCUACAGCAUUAACACUCUCCCUGCCUCCUCGAGAACAGGAGCUGGUUUACACAAACACACUGGAUACACAACAGAGUUAACACAAGUGCAAGGGAAACCACACACAGGCAGCAGAAACAUGCAGAAGGAAACAUCCAGAUAGUCUGGGAAUAUUCUUCACUCUCCAACUGAAAAUCAUCAUAAUUUAUUUUCCUCGCAUCGUUCCAUACAUGUUUCCCCUUAUUCCAUCACAUCUGUUUCCAUGAGUCACACCAUCCCUGUCUUCAAGCUGAUUCAGUGGGCUUAAGCUUAAUUAGACUGGACAUCAAUGCCUGAUUGUUUUCGGGGAGGUCACUGUCACUGUGUCUAUCUGCUGGGGCAGUCUGAGGUCUGUGCAGCAGCUCUGAAAUCUUAGAGGAGGAAAAGUACCAGCCUCCCGAGAGACAGAAUGUUCUCCGGUCUCGCUGAAUGAUUGCAUUCAUGUCAGGUGGUUGAGGUCAACCCGCUCUGAAUGCUGGCAAAUUGGGACCGCUGUGGGACCGCUCAGUUCUACGCUCUGUUCACAUGCAUUUGGCUACAAUAUCAAACAGCUAACAGAGAGUGCAUUGGAUUGUUUAUUCUUCUCAUUCACAGCAAUGGAUGCUGGUGAUCCACAUCACAGCUGUAGGUCACCACGUUUCUAUGCUCUCUCUCUCUCUCUCUCUCUCUCUCUCUCUCUCUCUCUCUCUCUCUCUCUCUCUCUCUCUCUCUCUCUUUCUCUUUCUCUUUUCUGGCAUUGUUGACUGGAAAGUGUCAAAAAGCAAUUUUGCCAAAGUUAGAUUAGAAUUUUGAUAUUCCUCCAAAACAACAGGAACGUUCAAGUGAAAAUAUACAAUGUAAAAAAGCACAAACUGUUUAAUUUUUCACCCAAUACACAUGAAAUUGAACUUUGUUUCUAAGAACACAGAAUUUUACCACCAAGAACAAAAAAAAUCUCCCCUACUGGCAUUCACUUUUGCCAAAGUACUUCCAAGAUGACAAGCAACUGCUUGAGCACAAUAAACAGUUUAAUUGCAAGAGUAUUCAACCCACUUGCACUUUGUCACAUUUUACAGAUUUACAAUCUGUAAUUCAAAUAAACUUUUUGGGCUUUUUACUAAAUAUUUAGCACUCAAGAUCAGUCCAGAAAGGAGACAUCUGUUGGAUGCACAAGUUAACCUGAAGGCAAUCCUUUGCACCCGAUCUGAUUUCAAGUCUCACUGCAAAAUCUAACUUUGCAGAUUUUUGUUUGCAAAGGAUUUGGAACACCCCCUCUUCAAAUGAUCGACUUUUUGGACCUGUUGCAUUUCAUUCAACCAUAACAAAAUCCAUUAUCACAUAAACAUAGUCAUAAUUUUGUUUUUAUAGCACUAUUCACACAAGGAGAACAAUGUGUUUUCUAACAAGACAAAAAGGAACAUCUUGUGAGGAGUUCUUUAGCUGGUUACAAGCGUGUCACUCCUGCUGCAGGGUUGGUGUCAGACAAGGGAAUAAAAGCAACAGCAGGAUGAUCCUUCAUACAGGAGCUUUAAACAAAUAUGUCACUGAAAAGCUAAAAGUGUAAGAAAUUAUUCAAAUUGCUUAAAACAGGUGGUUUCAUAACAGACUUAAUGUUCUACAAACAAGUGAGUCUAUUUUUCAGGCAACAAACAAAAUCUGUAAAAAUGAAGCAAAAGAUUCCAAAAGCAGAAACAUGCAGUUGCAACAUGACAACAUAUGGAAAAGUUCAAGAGGGUUGAGUACUUAUGCAAGGCACUUCAAACUCACACAAACCCCAGUGGCUACUGGCCAUGCGUUCCUGCACACACACUCACAGAUCCUGGCAGACUUGAAGCAGGACUCAACCAAGCCAGGCAAUAUUCUCUGUGGUCUCAGCUCAUUGCAAAGAAAAAACCCUUCUCUGCAAGACUGAGCCAUCUUUCCUGGAUAUGAGUGCAUGAAUCUGCUGUGCAUGUGUCUGUGCCAUCAGUCGCCAGCCUUAUCUAGUGUGAGAUGAAAGCGUACUGGUCAUUAAGGAGACGUCAAAAAGAAAGGAUCAGUGCUUAAUGAGAGCUGAACACUCUGACACAUAUAGUUUGGAGGAAGUGAAACAGUAUGGGUUGUCAUCUCUGCAGCUGUUUGAUGUGUGUUAUUCAGCACAGGCGUUAAUGACAGUUGUGUGUGAGGUUGCCCACACAGUUCAUUGUGGACCUCUAGUCUGUUUUCAUGGCUGCCAUUAAGGUGCAGAUCUAAAUGGAUUAAAUUAAAAAUACUAAGUAGAAUGAUGUAUUUUAGUGCUCACAAUAACAAAAUUAAUAAUAGAGGAUUUUAGAUAUUUCUGUCACCAUGGUCUGUCUGUCUUUAGUGCCAGCUUUCUCUGAGCAGUUUGUCAUUUUGUGGUUGAAACACAGUUAUAGCUCCCUCUAGGGUCAGACUGAAGAAGCUCUGCGCCUCCAGAUGAAAGUUGUCUAAAAACAACAACUGGCAUGACUCAGAACAUUUUCAGAUCCCUGAUGAAACCUUUUAUUUAUAUGACAUCAAUUAUCCACACUUCAUCCCUCUUCUGCUGGUACCUUUCUCAUACAAACAUCUUCAAUCCGCAUAGCACCGAGCAGCCCGAGGAGCACAAUCUGUCUCUCUUUAAGGGAAACACUGCUUCCUGUCUGAGAGACUGCCUGUGUGUGUGUGUGUGUGUGUGUGUGUGUGUGUGUGUGUGUGUGUGUGUGUGUGUGUGUGUGUGUGUGUGUGUGUGUGUGUGUGUGUGUGUGUGUGUGUGUGUGUGUGUGUGUGUGUGUGUGUGUGUGUGGUGGCUGACGAGACUAGAGAUGAUCAUUAUGAAGCAAAAAUGUUGAUGCCAGUAGACAGCACACCCACACAUUGUCUAACAAAGACAAGACCUCCUAAAAAAAAACUUGAGCCCUGUCUCAGCGUCUGCAUUUUCUAUUUCUGUUGCCAUCGUUUCUCUGAUUUGUUAUUUUACCAUUUUUAGUUUCAUCGUCUUCAUUCUCCCCAUAACACAAACUUUAAGUUAUAGCUCAAGAAGUGAAAUGAUUUGCCUCUUCUUUAGCCACAGAGCAAAACCUUCCGCACAAACCCUGCCUCUAACCAGCCUUGUGUACUUUUACCACCGCAGAAUGAUCCCUUAAGUCUAGUGAGUUAAACUUCACCUGGACAUUUUACCACCUGGAUGAAUGAGAUUAAUCUACAAGUGACUUUUCACCACUGCAGUUGAGUUGAGUUGUGCUCGUGUUCGGCCUCCUGUGCUUUUUGAUGCCUUCAUGUUUCAUCCCUGUGGAACGGAUACCCAACCUGGGGCUGGUGGACUGAAAAACUGACUCUAAAAAAAUGACUCUCAAUACUGCCAAUAAGCGAAUAGAGGAGCUCAUUGGAUAAUGUACAAAGAAAUCAACAAUAAGUGUGGAUGAACUGUACAGAAGAGGAGCAGCACUGUACAUGCUUGUCUGUGAUUAUCCAUGCUGAGUUUAUGGGGUGUAAAGAAGUAGUUGGAAAUGCCAUAAUGCUAUGUUAUUCCAAAUGUCACUGUUGCCCAGAAUGAAUCUCUUAAUUCCUUUUUUAAUGUUUUUAUAUCUUCUUUAUUUUGGGCAUAGAGUGACAGAGCAGCUAUGAAAGCAUAUUGUCUGUACAGCUGUGAACUGCUGUGUUGUAUCUUCUGUAAAAACAAAGACAUUUUUUUAUUUCUGUUCAAAAUACAGUUUAAAAUAUCGGUGAUGUAGCGUUUGAUAUUGCUAUUAAUGAUAACAACUUGAGUUAUUAUUGUGGCGAUUAAUAGAGAGGUAAUGGUGACAAUGAUGAUCCUCAGGGAACGGUGUAAAUGUGCCAAAUACAGAGGUCAGAAGUUCUUAAAAGAUAAGUUCACAUGUUAACAGCUUCAGUGAUGAUAAUGUUUGUCAGUCAGUUAGCUCACCACCUCACAAACUACAUUAUCAAAACAACUGUUGAAGGACUGACAUGACAUGGUGCAGACCUCUAUGGUGCCCAGAGGUUUAACCCCCCUGACUUUGGUGCUCUUCUGACUUUUCCACAAGCAGCACAAGAAAAGUCAUCUCUAUUUACACCUUCUGCAUAAAAGUACAAUCUGUACUCAGGGGGUUCUGGGUUUCCACAUGGGAAGUGUUCUGCUUUCUGUUUAUUGUAACUUUGUAGUUAGAGUAGUAUCGACCAAUCGUAUGUCAGCAGGUUUUCAUGUAUGCAGAAAUAACAGACUGUGUGGAGAGCAAAAUCUGACAGAACACACGCCACUUUAAUUUGGGUUUAUUGCUAACUAUUAAAUGUUGACAUGCCAACAACCUAAACUUGAAUUUUACCAGAUAAACACUUUGAAAAGUUAGCAAGCUAACUGUAAUUGUUAAUUAGAAGCACCACUGUUUCACUUUGCACAGCUGCAAGCUUUGCUGUAGACUUGUAGUUUUUAAAGUAUGUUUUAAAUCGUAUCUUGCCACAUGUGUAAAAGAGUAGGACAAUAUGAAAAUAACAUUACAACUUCAUAUUUAUAUACACUGACAGGAUUAAUGAACAUACUACAUGUGAGUCUGAACUUAUCCUUUAAGAAUCUGGUGGAAAAGAAGCACUAUGUGCCACAGUGAAAGGUGUUAUGUAGCUUGUUCUUGCAGGGCAACUUCUGUUAAUACAUGGCGACAACCAGGGGAAUGAAGAUUAUGACAUAUUUGAUGUAUUUUUUAUCAGAAGAUGUAAAUUGAGAUAUGAGUACAUUAUCACAGAGCAGUUUAAACUUUGGGUCCUUGAUCCUCUAUCAUCCUGACUGUCAAGAUAACCUCUGUGCCCUCAUAUCUUCAGAAGAGGAACAGAGAUAUAAAUCAUCACAUACAAGUGAUAAUGUAUAAUUCAUAUCAGUCUGAUAAUGUCACAUAUUUAUCCUGAGCUGUAUUCAAGAGUACAGCAGAAGUCCGUUCAGAGCCGUGGAGUCAGCUGUGUAUCCCAGUUUGUAUGUUUACAAGUGAGAGAUUGUGCAUUGUGAGAUAUGUCUUCCUGAAAUUGUUAAAGAUGAUAUAUAGAGUCCUGGUACCAGCCUCUUUGAGUCGCUCUGAGCCCUUCUGGCUCAAAGCAGACUAAACUGCAUUGAUGUUUAAUGCUGCAUGAUGUUUGUGUGAACAAAGCAAGCACCAGAUGACAAGAAGUGAACUCCCUCAUCAACAAAGUCCCUCGGUUGUGCUGCUGAGAGAUGAAUUUAUAACUUACCUUGAUGCUAUUUAUGUGUUUGCAUCAGAUUAUUUACAUAUUAAUUAUAAUGGGUUCAUGUAUUAUUUUUUCUCGAAGCUGAUUAUUAUUCAACGCCUGGGGAGAGGAGCCUCAACUGUCUUCAAAACAUGAAUAAAGUGUCUGAUGAAGCUGA